AUGGCAGAAGGAUAUGGCAAAGGAGUCCAUGUCGGGGCAGACAGAAGGCAGAAAGCCACAGCAGGGAGCCUGCCUUUUCCUUUUAUGACAUCCAACCCUGACACAUCUUUUGAGUGGUGCCACUCACACCCAGGGGGUCCCGAGACCUCGCGGACCCCAGGUGUCUCCCCGAAGGUGCUUUCGAGGACCGGAUGGCACCGCCAGGCCUGGCCGAGUUUACCCCAGCCGCCUCGCGAGCUUCUGGAACCACUCCAGUUCCGCUUCAACUUUUGGUUUCGAUUCAGUCCGUGCAGAAACCUUGCGUUUCGAUUCCCGCGAGGCGGCCCCACCCCCAGCUGCACUCGGAGCCCGGGCCAUCCAUUCACACCAUCCACUCAAACCCCGUGCGACGCCCGGGCCAGCGACACCGCGGUCCCCCCAACCCACAGCGCCGUCCGUCGCAAGCGACCGCGGGAGCCCGCAAUUAUGGAGCCCAGGCGGCCGCGGAAGGCGAGGGGCGCCUCCGCGCGCUCGACCCCCCGACCGCAGCCCCAGCCCCCGCCCCGAACCCGGGCUUCCGCGCAGCUCUGGCUCUUCCCCGACGCCCCGGGGCUGCAGGGUGCGCUGCUCAGGCGGGCGGAGGCCACGCGUCAGCUGUGCUGCUCGCGGGGGCGCCUGGCGGUGCUGCAGCGCGGCGGGACCGGUGUGGAGGUGCACCAGCUGCCCGCGCGGAGCGACGGCGCCGGGAAGCACAAGUACCUGAAAUUAGGGAAAAAGAUGAAGAUUCACUCCUUGGACCAAGGAGCAGAGCACAUGCUGGUUCUGUCCUCAGAUGGAAAAGCCUUUGAGUACAGCUACAGCAAAGAACCUGCAAGAUUUCAAAGCAUUUUACAAGAAAAAGAUAUAAUUCAUGUUGCAUGUGGAGAUUAUCAUUCUCUUGCCCUCUCAAAAGGUGGUGAGCUCUUUGCCUGGGGACAGAAUUUAUAUGGACAGCUCGGAAUUGGAAUGAUAUCUCCCUCAGCCCUCACACCACAGGCCGUGCAGAGCCUAACAGGAGUCCCCUUGGUCCAGAUUUCUGCCGGAGAAGCCCACAGCAUGGCCUUAUCCAUGUCCGGAAACAUGUACUCGUGGGGGAAAAAUGAUUGUGGACAACUCGGCCUGGGCCACACCAAGAAUACUGAUUCUCCUUCCCUUGUCGACAUACCAGACAAUCAGAAAGUUGAGUUUUUGGCUUGUGGGGGCGCUCACACUGCCCUCCUCACACAGGAUGGGCUGAUGUUCACCUUUGGUGCUGGAAAAUAUGGGCAGCUUGGUCACAAUUCAACAAAGAAUGAACUAAGACCCUGUUUGGUGACUGAACUCCUGGGAAAUAGAGUGACCCAGAUAGCAUGUGGAAGGUGGCACACACUUGCUUAUGUCUCUGAUUUGGGCAAGGCCUUUUCCUUUGGACUUGGAGAAGAAGGACAAUUAGGAAAUGGUAGAAAAUGUACUCAGCUGAUACCACUGCCCAUGAAAUCACCAUCAAAUGAAGAGCUCCAGUUUGAAAGCCAUCACUCAGGAAAAGAGUUGAUAAUGAUUGCUGGAGGGAAUCAAAGUAUUUUGCUCUGGGUGAAUAAAGAGAAUUCCUAUGUUAAUCUGAGGAGGAAAAUUCUUACAUUGAAUGAAAGAACUGUAAAGAGAUGGAUUGAUGAUGUGGGGAAUAAACAGUGGAAGAACACCAAAAGAGAAAUCCGAGAAAUUUUUUCAUCUGCGGCUUGUCUGACUGGAAGUUUCUUAGUGGAAAGAGGAACUGGAGAAACAGUUUCCACUGAUGUGGAUUUACAGAUGGCAAGAGAGACCUUCAUGAAGUUAACAGAACAGGAAUGGAUUUCUUCUGUGGUAACUGAAUGUCUGAAGGAUAAUCUGCUUGGAACUCUUCUGUACCAUUCUCCACACCAAGAAGCUCUGUUGGUUUUUCUUCUGCUCCCAGAAUGUCCUGUAAUGCAUGAGUCCAAGAACUGGUUAAACCUGGUGAUUCCUUUUGCACAGGCAGUUUGUAACUUGAAUGACAAAUCUUCACGAGUCCUGAAAAAAUACUGGGCAUCUUUGGAUGCAUCUUCUCUGAACACACUGGUCCAGAUGCUUAAGACAGCCAUCGUCUCUGAACUGCCUUAUGUGAUAAUUCAGAGUUCCUGUAAUAUUAAAACUCUUCUAGAAAUGAUGAAAGAAGUACAUGAGGUAAAUAAAUCUAUCUGUCAUCUGCCAGAAGAUAUUUUCAACAUCAAUGAGCUGUGUGACGUGUUGAAUUUUCUUGAAGAAGGAAGACUGCCCUUUUGGGCCCUCAGUAAGGUGUUUGGUGACCACCCCUAUCUCUUUAUGUUCACUCAUUUUCCAUUUGUCUGUAAUUUACAAUGCAAAAUUAAGUUGUUACAAGUUGAUUCAUCUAUAAAAAUGUGGAGGACAGAAGAAAAGGUAUACCGACGUAGAAUGAUGGAAGGAAAAAUUGAAUCACCUAGAUUAAUACUGAGAAUCAGGCGAAGUCACCUGGUAGAAGAUGCCUUACACCAGUUAGGCCAAGUUGAAGACGCCGACCUUUCGAAAACUUUAGUGGUUGAAUUUAUCAAAGAAAUUCGUCCUGAGAAUGGAGGGGUCACAGCCGAAUUCUUCCACUGUAUAUUUGAAGAGAUGACCCAGCCAGAAUACGGGAUGUUUAUAUACCCUGAAGAGGGCUCCUGCAUGUGGUUCCCUGUAAACCAGCCUAAAUUUCAGAAUAGAUACUUCCUCUUCGGUACGCUCUGUGGACUCUCCCUAUUCAAUUUCAAUAUUGCCAAUCUUCCUUUCCCACUGGCUCUGUAUAAGAAACUUCUGGACCAAAAGCCGUCUUUGGAAGAUUUAAAAGAACUCAGUCCUUUUUGGGGGAAGAGUUUGCAAGAAAUUAUAAAUGAUGAAACUGAUGACAUUAAAGAACUUGACAUGUAUUUCUUUAUAACUUGGGAUCAAAAUGAUGUUCACUUAAUUCCGGAUGGGAUCUCUAUACCUGUAGACCAAACCAACAAAAAAGACUAUGUGGCUAAGUGUGUGGACUACAUUUUCAACACCUCCAUAAAGGCAGUUUAUGAAGAAUUUCAUAAAGGAUUUUAUCGAGUCUUUGACCAAGAGAGGAUUAAAUGUUUCCGGCCUGAAGAACUAAUGACAGCAGUAAUUGGAAGUACGAAUUAUGACUGGGAACACUUUGAAAAGAAUUCACAUUAUGAACAAGGAUAUUACAUAUCACAUCCUACUAUACAGAUGUUUUGGAAGGCUUUCCACAAGUUCACUUUGGAUGAAAAGAAAAAAUUCCUCUUAUUUCUUACAGGGCGUGAUAGACUACAUGUAAGAGGCAUCCAGAAUCGAGGGAUAAUAUUUCGCUGUCCUGCAAAUUUCAGUGAAAAAGAUUACCCAAGAUCACUGACGUGCCACAGUAUUCUAUAUCUACCUGCAUAUUCCACAAUGGAAAGGAUGGAGGAAGCCCUUCACAUAGCCAUCAACAGCCACAGGGGCUUUGUGUCACCCGAGAUCUUACUGCCAUGAUCACUUUCAUGGUCUCAGGGAGGCCUCAGUGGCGCAGUCUCUCAGCCUUGGAUUCUUCUGUUUCUGCUUACAUCUAAUCAGUACAAAAGGUUGACAGCUGUUCAUAAGGAUUGGAUGGAAAAUUCAGAGAUAAUAAAGUUAUGAGUCAAGAGUAAUAUUUACAGUGGCAAAAAUUACAACAUUUUCUCUCUCCCAACAUUGUUAUUAGAAUAUUUGCUUUUACUGAACAAUAAUUAUCAUUUUAAAAAGCCAAAUAUUAAAAACAUAUAUUUUUUAAAAUAUUGUACAUAGCAUCUAACAAAUUAUUUGCAUGUCUGAAAGACAUACUCAAGUUAGAAAAAAGUUUUGCUAAUUUGAAUGUUUUUCAUCAAUGUCAAUAUAUAUGUUAUAUUAAGGCAUGUCUUUAGUUUUUAUUUAUCAAACUGCUGUUUGGAAAAUCCAAAUAUUAACGCAUUUGUUGAUUCAUCAUGUAAUUAGAUAAAAUUAAUAUUUUGGUGCCAGGAACCAUUUUAAAUGCAAAUGCAUUUAUUUUGGUUAAACACUGAGGCUGAGGAAAAAUGGCUAUUUACUUGCAGUUGAAAAAAUAUGUUAAAAUGUGUCUUAUUAUCAUGGAGCAAAUUAAUAAAGAAAUGUAAUUAUCCUUGAAAACA